UCGUACAAUCGUACAAGUUGCGGAUCAGUGGAUCUACAAGGUAACAGUUACAUCCGCAGACAUCAUGACCACAGGGUUUUAUCAGUUACAGUUUUCAUAUUUCUGCUGCUGGCGGCAACACUCGUGGGGGGUGGAAGUUCACCAUUCUGGGGCGCCCCUGAGCCAGUGCUAGUAUACCAACGCCCUAUAGAAGCAAUGGUGGACGUUACCAAUGAUUUAGGCGUAGCUGUCCUACAGGAUUACGCUUACACCCGAAGCAACUUCGCAUUCUCCCCGUAUGGUGUUGCGUCAGUGCUGGUGGUGUUGUAUGAAGGGGCACGAGGCGAAGCCGCAAGGCAGAUACACAAUACGCUGCGCCUGCCCUGGAAUGUAGAUGUCACUCGCAUCGGCUUUCGAGACAUCCACCGACAUUUGCGGGGCUACUUCAGCCACGAGGGCUAUCUGAGCGGGCUGUCGCUAAACAAGAACCAUACUUCCCUGCUGCCGGAAUAUCGGCGGAUCCUUCGGUUUUACGGGUACGACGUGGGCUUGGCUCCAGGAGACAGUUUCCCUCCCACCAAAUCUACAACACCUGCAACAGCCACAACAACGACAUCCAAACCCACUGAAGGCGUCGGCUCCACACCGGACACAACUGAGAACACGACAACGGAUGCCAAGGGCACAGUGACAGAGAGUGCAGCCACGACAGAAGGCACAGACGCCCCCAGCACAUCAGCACUUUCAGACGAAACUACUAACGGGCCUCAAGACAACACCGAAAAGGUUUCGAUUUCCGCAACUACAAUGCCGCCGGAGGCUGGCUUUACUUCGACCACUCUCACCAUCCAAACAGAAAGCACUAAUUCUCCCGGGCCUUCCGACGACGAGACAGUGACAACAGGAGAUGUUACCAGUGCUACAGAAUCGGGAACAGAACAGGAAUUCACACCAAUGUUGGACACUACAACGGAGUCAGUUCCACGUGCGCAGGCGAACGGAGCUACCACGCUGGCGGAAGUUACUUCUACUGUUGUGCUGGGAGAAGCACUUGAAGAGCCAGCAUCGACUGUACCUCAUGAAAUAACAGAACAAACAACACAGACAGCAGGGCCUCCAAAAGGACUAACUGAGGCAACGAUAUUCGCAGAACAAUCCACAGAAAAUGUAACACCAAGAGUACCACCAGGAACAGUCCCACCGAUAGAACAAGCAACAGAGACAAUCGCACCAACCGAACAACCAGCAGUAACAGUGACAGCGACAGAAGAAGUAUCGGAGAGAGUAACGCUGAUAGAGCAACCAACGACAGUAGAGUCAGUAGAAACACUGGUACCGACAGAGCAACCAGCAGAAACAGUAGUACCAACAGAACGACCAGGAGAUGCAGUGGCACAGACAGAACAGCCAACAGAAACAGCUGUACCGACAGAACGGCCAGGAGAUGCAGUGGCACAGACAGAAUCAGAAGAUAAAAUGACAGAGACAGGACAACAAACAGAAAGAGAGGUACCGACAGAACAACCAGCAGGUGCAGAACAAAUAGAAGUAGUGGUAUCCAUCGAACAGCGACCAGAAACAUUGACUACGAAAACAGUAGCAGAUAUAGCCAAUAACACCAUCCCUGACGAUGCAACAGAACAAGCAAGCUCGACGGAAAUAGACUCUGGAAGUAGCAUUGUCACAAACGACGAGGCGUUAGUACAAUCCAUGAGCAGGUUUCGUGAGGUCAGGUGGACAGUGGGCACAUCUUUCCCUCUAGCGUACAACUUGUCGAGUCCAGCUACAAGUGAAAAUACAACACUAGAGUCUAGAAACAGAACAAGGAGAUCAAUAGAGGAUUCUAUGGUUGUGUUUCCUGACAUCAGCCUCCAGCUGCAGAACGGGAUGUCCGACAGCCAGCUGUCCCGCGGGUUCGAGCUGUAUACCCAGCUGCCUAAGAGGCCUUUCCUCGUAGACGGGGUAUCUGAGGAACUGGUGCCUGUCAUGACCUACACAAUGACAUUUCGCUUUGCUUACAUUCAGCGUCUGCAUGCACAAGCAUUAGAGUUUCCUCUGGACGAUGAGCGCUACAGAUUGUUACUUCUGCUGCCUGUGGAGAAAAGGGGGCUGCGACAACUCAUAUACGAUCUGACCUCUUGCCCGCUCCGUCAGAUCUACCAAGCUCUUCGGUACACCAGAGUGCAGGCCGUCAUACCCAGCUUCAUGGUGGAGGGCUCUGUGAUUCUCACGCCCACACUGCAGCAGCUUGGUAUCUGGGAUGUGUUCGAUCCUCGCCGGGCCAACCUAUCUGGCAUGUCUAAUGACCCAGAGCUGUAUGUGAGGAACAUCGAACAGUCUGUCACCGUUGUCAUACGGAACUACAUUAAAAUCUUGGACAUCCAAACCAGAACAAUGGCGGCCAGAGCAGCAACCGAGAGAUUUGUUGUCACACAUCCCUUUCUCUACUUUGUCUUGGACACGGACACCCACAUUGCCCUCAUGGCUGGAAAGAUAGUUGACCCACUAAAUUCUAGGAUAUACUAAUGAUCAGUAUUCAUGAAAAGACAGCUGCCCCCUAAAUUCUAGGAGUCAUGGAAAAAUACACAACCAACCGAAUUCCACAUACAUUGUCUCAAACUUGGCCUGCAGAAUAUAAACCUCUUCAUCAACAUAAAAUUUUUUUGUCAGUCUUAAAAGAGCCAUCAUAAAAUUGGUUUCCUGAUUCCAAGCAGAGGCAAACUUCUCUCUUUGUCAAUGUCAGAUGGCUCUUGGGCCUAGCAAGCCCCUCCCACAGAAUGGAGCCAACCACUCAUCUCCAUUUAGUACCAAGGUUCAGUAUGUAGCUAAUAUGAAUGAAGAUGCAAGUCACCAUCCAACGUGCAUUCCUUCUUAUAUUGACAUGCUACUACAAUUCCGCCAUAUUUUGUAUUUAAAAGACCAUUAUAAAGGGGUGAACAUUAUUAAGAGAAAACUAUAUUAAUCACACUUGUACUGUUUCAUAUCAUGCUGCGUGAUGCUUCAUACUUGCUUUCUAGUGAUCUGUAAAUAUAACACAGUAAUAUCAGGUUCUACUUUCCUAAUGCUUCUAUUUUAUGAUCAGAUUAAAGGUAUUGUUCCUCAUUAGCAAAAUACAAUAUAUCUAAAUAAA